GUGUGUCAGUGUCAGUGAGUGUGUGUGUGAAAGCUCCUGGGACCUUCAGGAACUCUGAGCUUCAUGAAAUGUCAACAGCAGUAACAAAUAAGAGUUAGGCAGACAUUUUGGACGUGGAGGAGUGAGGUAUUUUGUUCAGGUUUGGGGAAAAUAUGUAUAUAUAAAAGCGUUUUGAGCUGUUUUGAGAUAAGUGAAACCAACUGGAAACAUGGCGGAGUCGGGAGUUCCCCCAGCCGAGGCUUCGCAUGGCAGCCGGUCGGUUUGUGUCUUUGACUGUCGCCCUCAGAGUAAACAGGCUGCUGAAAAGAUGUUGGAUAUCAGCGCCAUGAGCUACAAACAGUUCCUGUGUGCUGUGCGCAAGGAAUUUUCUAUCUCGGUAAAUGAAAGUUUUGUGAUCACUACGACAGAUCGCAGGGAGAUCGAUUCAGAUGUUUUCGAUGAAAUACCAGAUGGAAGAACUUUACACUUGCUACAGUCUGUGGAUCAGGAGUUGGCUGUGGCAACUGAAGAACGAAUUAUGUACGUUCCGCAUUUCCACACCAUUGUACAGAGUGGCCAGUAUGAGUACUAUGCCAGCGAAGGACAGAAGGCACUACCCUACGCCUUUGCUGAGCUUAUUGAUAAUGCACUUUCUGCAACCUCACAUAAUCCUGGAACCAGGAGCAUCGACAUAAGAUUGUUUUUUGAUGAGUCUCAAGGUGGGCCGGCAGUAGUAGUGAUGGAUAAUGGUCGUGGAAUGACCUCUAAAGAGUUAAAUAACUGGGCGGUUUAUCGCCUUUCCAAAUUCAAUCGAGAUGACCGCAUUUUUAGGAGUGAUGAAUCAGGAUAUGUCCGUCCCAGUGCAGUUCCUCGCAGUCUGAACAGUGACAUCUCCUACUUUGGCGUUGGAGGCAAACAGGCUGUGUUUUAUAUAGGCCAGUCUGUACGGAUCAUAAGUAAGCCAGUUGGUUCUCCAGAUGUACAUGAGUUUGUCAUGUCUAAAGAAGACUUUGAACAGAAGGAGAAAAACAACAAAGAAAUUUAUUCUGGUAUCAUCCGAAACAGGAAGCCAGGAGAUGACUCUCAUGUGAGAGUGGAUGAGGAGCGUUUCUUGCAAACUCUGUUUCUGGAAGAGAAAGGCAAGGAAAGUUUUACCACUAUAGUCAUAACUGCAGUCCAGCCAGAACAUGUUACCUACCUAAAGCAGGAUUUCGUCUCAUGGACCAGAGAGCUGGUGCACAUCUAUCAUUACUAUGUUCAUGGUAUACAUGGAAAUGACACAAGACACAUACAAACUCCUGAAACUGUGUCAAACAUUGACAUCCAGAUCUGUCUAAUUGAUCGGCACACUCGCGUGCCAAGGGUACUUAAUCUAAAAGACAUAGACAAUGACAUGCAGACUCUUUAUAUAAAAUCCAGUGUGGCAGAGUUUGAGUUUAAUGCCAGCAAAGAUGGAGAUGCCAAAGUAGAGGGCCUGCUUAGGUAUCAUCCAUUCCUGUACGAUAGAGAAACCUAUCCAGAGGACCCAUAUGCACCAGCUCCAGAGCCUGACGAAGACUGUUUUAUUUCACAUGCUGAGGGCCGAGGGAAAAGACCCAUCUUUGAAUGCUUUUGGAAUGGACGACUAAUUCCUUAUUCUUCUGUUGAUGAGUUUGAUUGGUGUGCAAGACCCAAGAAAAUCGGUUCAGUACCAUUAGAAUGUUAUAACAGGAUCUCGGGCGUUCUCUUCACUAAUGACCGUUUUCAAGUCAGCACCAACAAACUCACAUUUAUGGAUCUGGAAUUACAGCUGCGUGACAAAAAUACUAUCUUUACAAGAGUAAUCAAUGGUCAGGAGCAAAGAGUGAAGAUCAACCGAGAGUUCACAAAUUGGUUGAAAGAGUGCCAUGAAAAAUAUGAUAAACAGGUGAGGUUCCUUGGUUUCCAAGGUGUAAUGACUCGCACAGAUGUGCAACCUAAACGCCUGCAGUCACCAUGGGCUCAGUACAAAGCCAUUGUGUGGGAUGGUAAAACCUACAAAACUGGACAGCAGGUGAAAACAAUGAAAACUCAGCCUAUUCUUUAUGGCACAGUAGUUCAGUUUUUGCUCUAUGGGGACCAUGAAGAUGAUGUCUAUGCCACCGGGGGUCAUGUUCAAAUUGCACUGGAACCUAAGGAGGUGUACAAUGAGGUCAGGAUCAUCCCCAUUACUAAGAUUGACAGACAGGCUACAGCUGCUGACAUCAAGGAAAGCAUUGAGAAUGAACUGGACAAACUUCCUAAUAAGCUGAGAGUCGCAUGGCCAGAGGGAAACCCAUGGCCUGACAAAGCUAUUCAACCAGCUGGGACUCCCAUGGGUCCAAUCCAAGUUGAGAUUUUGAAUAAAAAAGGGGAGACAAUGUCACGGUUGCCUGUUAAUUCCAAGAAAUUGCAGAUUGAACUCAAGGUGGUCUGGCACUCUCCUAACGGGGAUAUCAAAACCAACUGUCACACUGGCGUGAACGCUAAGUGGCAUUACUGGUUCAGAAAAAUGGAAAAUUUUAAUAAGCUGGGGACAUACACACUUCAUCUGCAAACAAUACUGAGUGAUGGUGAUUCCCCAACGAACGAGUGGGCUGGAAGACGACUGCCUCAUUAUACACUCAACUUCAGUAUUAAAGAAAGCAGUGCAGCAGCUUUUGUGGUGGGUGUUGUUCCUUCUCCUGUUCAAGUGGGGGUACCCUUUGCGUUGCCCCUGCAAUUUGCAGAUGCAUUUAAUCAUCCAACUCAGCCACCUUCUGGCAUCAAACCCCAGCUAGAGUGCAGUUCAUUGAAACUGAGCUAUGAACAGACAACUUCAAGUGGAACUACUUUCACCAUACAAGACCUGAGAGCCAUGGGUAAAGUAACCAACCAUCAGGACAAGAUACACACUGUAAAGGUAACGAUCCCAAACCUCAACCCAGACUCCCAGUCUUUCCAGAUUAGUGUUCGUCCAGGCCCUCCACAUCAGCUGGUGGUGAAGCCUAAAGAUGAAGUUUGCAUAGAGAAUGGCACACCAGCAGGAUUCAGAGUAGAAGUUCAGGAUGAGUUCCAUAAUAUCACAACGCAUUCCAAACUUAUUGUCCGCUGCCAGUUAUUCGGAGCCUCUGAUUUGCCAGCUGACACUGUUGACUGCAGUAAUACUGGUUCUGGUUUGCUGCUAGCAAAACCAAUACAACUGAAGAACGUCACAACAGAGCGUAUCCUCACUGCAAAAUUUGGCAUUCCUAAUCAGAAGGCUGUGGCUUGUGUGGAGAGAACAGUUCGUAUCUUGCCAAGCACCCGCGUCUUCCGUAUAGAGAUCUACAGACAAGAGGAUGAUUCGGAUGAUGUCAUGGUGCUUCAGAAUAAGGAGCGUAUUAACUGGACGGCAGGUGACACACUCGGGAGUCUGCGCUUUAGACUUUAUGAUGAGGGGGGCAGGCAGGUGGCUUUAACACAGAGACUUGCCCAUAACAUAAAGGUGAACUGGGCUGCAGAUAUUAAAGCUGCAGAAUUGGCAAAGGGAAGACUACCAUGUGUGUGUGUCCCCACAAAAGCACAUGGAGAACAAUUUUAUCAGGUGUCAUUUCAGGAUCAGCACACGGUUGACACAUCCUUUACUAUAGUCCCACGACCGGAUGAGCCUGACCGCUUGAGGGUCACUCUCAGUGAGACAACUGUCAGGAUGGGAGAAACUCUGUCUGGAAAUAUUUAUGUUGAGGUGAUUGAUCAGUAUGGCAAUAAGACAGAUGCUCUAAGUGCUGAGAGCAUGAAGGCAGUCAGUGUGUCUGCAGAUAACCUUGAUGAAUCAGCCCUGAAUUUCGACUGGCAGACCAGUACAGGGACAAUGGUGGUGACUGGCGUCCGCUUUGUCGAAGGCUUACCUGGUCCAAGGGAGUUGUGUUUUAAGUACCAGAAUUUUGAGGAGUUUGUCAGAGUAAAAGUCACUGCUGGACCACCGGCAAAAAUCACUCUGCUGGACGCUCCAGAACUGCCCUUACAUGUUGUAAAUGGACAAGGAUUGAACACUCCAUUCGUGCUACAGUUAUGUGAUGAGUGGGGAAAUCCUGUUCCAGAUCAGCGUGUUGUCAUAGCAAUGAAAACUCUGUCACCACAGCUUAAGAUUAAAUCAUCGGUGAUGUCCCAGCCUGUGAAUACAGAAGGAAAGGCCAGCUUUAUACUGGAGACCAUAACAGCGACAAUAGGAGAGCAUGAGCUGGAGUUCCGAGGAUCCUUUAGUAGAAGCAAUACUAUUUCUGGCCCAGUUGUGAAGCUGUGUGUGAUGCCUGAUCCCAACAACCCUGUUAGGCUUAGUGUAGAAUACGACAGUGAAGCCAUCUUAAGAGCAGGAGAUACAUUCCCUGUGUUCAAAGUAACUGUACUCUCUGAAGAGGGUGGACCUGUGAAGAAUGUGAGUCCAUCCAGUCUGUCCAUGCUGCUGUGGCAAGGCGUGGCUUCAGGAUCCCGCCCUCCACCUGAGGCAAUGGCACUUAAAUGUAGUAAACCCAAGGACAAGGAAAAUGAUGACCACUUUUACUUCAGAGAUAAAGAGAUUCCUGUCAGAGUGGGAAAGUACAUGGUGCAGUUUUUUUUUGCUGUAGAAAAAAGCAAGUCCCUCUGGAGCAGUCAGAUUGCUCUGAACAUUGUUGCGAAUAAACCAGUGAAACUCGUCCCAGACACUCCCAAUUCAACUCCUGUGGUCUCCAACAGCAGCACUCUAGCCGAUCGAACUCUUCUUGAAAUGCUAUCCUUGAAGAUUAUGGAUGAGCACAAUAACCCAGCUGGUAUGGGGAUUAAUGGAAAGGUGAUUCUGACUGUGACAACUGCUGAUGGUGAUGAUGCAGAAGAUCUUCCUAUGUUUGAGAACAAGGCCAAGAGUCUAAAAUACGAUCUUAUUAAUGGAGAGACUCUUAUCACUGACUUAGCACUUAUGGAGAAUAGUCCAGGGACCGAUGGAGCCGUGUACGUUCUCCAGUUCCGUCCAGUGCUUGAAGGCCCUAAAUCUAAGGCCAUCAUCCCUCCUUUUAAUUUGCCCUUCAGGUUCUACAACGAUGCAGAGAACCAGAAAGUUAUGGCUGCUAUGAGUAAGAAGAAAGACCAGCUGUCUCGAUCUAUUGAAGUCUACAAAGAAAUUUUGGAGACAAACAAACAACUCACAUCUGAACUCACGGGUCAAGUGCAAGAUGCAUCUAGCAAAGAGUCUCAGCUGAAAGUGGAGAUCAGGAAAACUGGCAUAGAUAUUUCAAAAUUAACUGAUGUGACGUCAAUUGAGGGUUUAGUUGCGCAGAUGACUGCAGAUUUGGAGAGGCUACAGAAUCUGCCCCGUCGAAAAUGUACCAUGCCUGAUCCAUUCAGAGGCAGCCAAGAUGUCCUAGGAAAGAUAGCACACCUGGCACUGGUGAAGGAUGAUGAUGCAGCAAAGGUCAUUUCCUGGCAUCUUCUUGGUGACAUGGACUGUGUGGUUACCGUGACAACAGCUGCAGCAAAAAAAAUCUAUGAUGAAACGCAAGGACGGCAACAAGUCAUGCCCCUAGAGACAAUUUUCUGGAAACCAAAUAGCAGGCCAUUGCCCCACAUCAGGAAUGGUCAAAGUUUGUUCCGUCCGUUAGGAAACCCUGUGUUUGUCAGAGAUCUGCUCAUUUUUCCUGAGCAUGCAGAAAGCUGCAACAUGGUCUUCUCGAUUCUUCUUGGAGACACCAUAUUAGUGGACGAUUUGGAUUCCGCUAACCAUUACCGCAAGGGGGUUGUCCAGAGUAAGGUGCAGUGCCCUACUCUGCUGACACGGCAAGGGGAGCGUAUCCGUAGCAACGGGAAGUUUGGUGGUUUACAAAACAAGGCUCCACCAAUAGAGAAGUUGAGAGGACAUGUGUUUGGAGCGCCACUGCCUCAAGAUUAUUACACCAUCUGCAAGCAGAAGGAGUUGCUGCAGCAGUACUCUGUAGCAGUACAAAAUGCAUUGAAGGUCAAGGCUGAUUACGACUACCAUGUGGAGUAUCUGCAGAGUCCUAAGAUGAAACUGACGCAGCAGGAGCUCCAACAGCAAGAGAAGGAGCUCAGAGACAUCGAGAAAAAACUUACCAGCACUCCUGUACGCACUUCUCCCGGUUCAGUAAAACGAAACCUUCAAGACGAGGUUGAUGAGUCCCUUCCGGCAAAAAGGAUUCGACGUAAAACCCGCAAACUACUGGAUUCUUAAAUGGCAUCAUCUCAGACCAAGAUGUAAAAUAAUCACAAAAUAAAGUGCUUAUAUUAACUGCUGCAACAUGGAUGAAUUUUAGAAAAAGAUGUUUAUGUUCAAUGUGAAAUAUUUUCUAUCAAAGAGUGAAAGAGUGUAUUUCUGUUUUCUGUCUUUAGGACCUGUUUUUAGUUGGAGCAUUUUUAUUAGUUUUUUUGAUAUAUAUAAAAGUAACUACUAUCGUUACAUAUUUUGUAUGUCAAACUGAUUCUCUUUGAUUUAAAUGGAAAGGGAACUUAAGUUAUGGACCAUGUCCACUCUGACCUUUGUAUGUUUUUGUAUCUGAAGAAAAAAGGAAAAUAUAUGUUUUUACUUAAUACAGACUCCUUUAAUUACUGAAAACAAGACAUUUAAUAUAGCUGCAAGCAGCGAUGAUGGGCCCAGGCACUACCGUGCAGUUGCCACCCAGUGGUUGUGUGAAAACAAUGCAUAGUGAAGCGAGCGCUGUAGAGUAACUCGUUUAGUGAUCUAUUAGGUUAAGCCCAGGUCUAAGGCUUUACAACAGCUUCCAUAUCCAAACAUACAGCUCAUAUUUGGUGAUAUAAUGCAUGAAGAAGAUAAGAGAUAUGUGGUGUUAUCCUUAUUAGCCAUUAAUUAAUUGUAGUGAAGUAAUGUGUAGUGGGCACAUGCAUUUAAGGGGGUGCAACACAGCCCCCAUUACCAAACAUACAACACCAAUUUGAUCUAAAUCAGACGAUGCACUUAGACUAUAUGAGGCUCUUCCUGUUUCCCUUUUUUGUCAUUAAUUUAAUCCCUCCCCAUGGCCACACCAUUCAAGAUAUCAAAAAUCCAUUCACACUUUAGUAUCUUCAGUGUCUUGGCAUAAUGUUGACCACAUUUGGUGAGAAUUGCAUGAAUGUCCUUAGAGGAGUAUUUAAAAAUUUAGAGCCUACAAUUUUCAAAAAAUCUACAUUAAAUCCAGGAUGAUCUACUUCCUGUUGGGCGGAGCUAAUGACUGUCAUUUUGAAAGUUGUCAGGCUUGAUGAGAACAGUAUAUGUACCGAGUUUGGUGACUGUGGGGUCAGUUUCACCUUCCACUUUAGUGAAAAGGGGGCACUACAGAGCUCCCCCCCAUGCCCAUGUCUUAACUUUUGUUUAUGCCCAAUGGCCUACAACUCUGAUGUGUGUGCUGACUUUCAUGAAAUUUUAAGCAUGCUAAGAGCCUCAGAACACACGAAAAGUGUAUUAAAGUUUGAUGCGUUACCAUGGCAACACUAUUUAAGAUCUCAAAAAUCCUUUCACAAUUUUACAUCAGCCCUGUCUUGACUCUACUCUGACCAAGUUUGAAGUGAUUCGGGUGAAUAUAAGAAGACUAUUUAAAAGCCUGUUUUAAAUCACACACUUCCUGCUGCCAGUUGGUGGCGCUAUGACUGAGACUCACAAUAGCCAUAUGCAUGUGCUCAGCCCCCAGGACCAAACAUACAGCUCAAGCUUCAUCUAAAUCACUCAAUGCAUUCAGAAGAUAUGAGGCUUUUCCUCUUUCCCUUUCUUCGCCAUACAUUUAUUGCCUCGCCAUGGCGAAACCACUCGAGAUAUCAAAAAUCCCUUCACAAUUUAGCAUCCUCAGUGUCCUGGCAUAAUGUUGACCAAGUUUGGUGACAAUCACGUGAAUCCCCUAGAAGGAGUAUUUAAAAGUUCACCAUGCACUUUUCACAAAACCCAAAAUGGCUGACUUCUGUUGGGCGGAGCUAAUGAAUAUCAGUGCGAAAGUUGUUUGGGUCGAUGAGAACAAUGUGUCUACUGAGUUUCAUACAUAUAUGUACAAGUAUGUAUGAUAUAUGCACCAGGUUCAUGCACCACCACACCCAUGUGCAACCCGUUCCCGGGUCUAAUGGCCGACGACUCUGACGUGUGUGCCAAAUUUCAUGAGUUUUUGAGCAUGUUAAAGGCCCCCAAAGCCCCCGAAACCCUGAAAGAAAAA